CCCUCUGUCGCCCCCCGUCCAGCGCACACCCCUGAAAAGUUGUUGAUGCGCCCCUCCCGGACCUGGCCAAAGCCCCAAAAAUUGUCGUCCCCAGCCAAACUCACCCAACCAAAGCUCAUCGCGCCCCAAAGAAAACGCCGUCAACACAAUCCGUCGCCAACACGGUGUACCUGUUGCUCAUCCCCACGCUCCAAGGCACAUCCACGUAGCGCACACACACCUUCUCACAUUCACGCCUCGUGCUGAUCCGGUACUGUACCGCCCUCAAUUCUUUGUCCCCGUAACCAACAAGAACCACCACGGUCAACACCACCACCACCACCAUUGCCACUUCCGUCCCUCCAGUUGGCUCCAUCUCUUGUCUUCAUCCUUUCCUACUCUUUUGCAGCUCCAAUCCCUUGAUACCCACGUAGUCCUGCUCCUCCCGCCGCCAAGUACAUUUCGCAUAGCCCGCUGCACAGCUCUUUCUGUCAUCCACGUUGAACCUCGACAUCGGCCCAGACGACUGUUCCAGAGUCCAAUUGCUCACGCAUAGCCCCUUAGAAUAGUUCGAAAAGCGCUUUAGAACCCCGUCGCCCACAAUGUCUGCAAAGGCGAUUCUCGAGGCCGAUGGCAAGGCCAUCCUCAACUACCACCUCACGCGAGCACCCGUCAUCAAGCCCUCGCCCCUUCCCCCGCCCACAACCCACAACCCGCCGGCGAAGAUGGCCACCAUCCACUUCGAGGAGGGCGACGACAUCAACGGCGUGCUCGACGCCGCAGAGGCAAAGUACCCCUGGCUGCUGACCCCAGGCAUCAAGCUUGUCGCGAAGCCAGACCAGCUGAUCAAGCGUCGAGGCAAGAGCGGCUUGCUGGCCCUCAACAAGACGUGGCCAGAGGCGAGGGCGUGGAUCGCCGAGAGGGCGAACAAGCUGCAGAGAGUCGAGACCGUUGACGGCUAUCUGCGAAAUUUCCUCGUCGAGCCCAUGGUGCCACACCCACAGGAAACCGAAUACUACAUCUGCAUUCAGUCUGUUCGAGAGGGUGACUGGAUCUUCUUCACCCACGAGGGUGGUGUAGAUGUCGGCGACGUAGACGCGAAGGCCGAGAAGCUGCUCAUCCCCGUUGACCUGAAGGAGUACCCGUCGAACGAGGAGUUUGCCGAGACGCUGCUCAAGAAGGUACCCAAGGGUGUGCACAACGUCCUGAUCGACUUCAUCGCUCGACUGUACGCAGUAUACGUCGACUGCCAGUUCACAUACCUCGAGAUCAACCCUCUCGUCGUCAUCCCCAACAAGGCUGGUGACGGUGCAGACGUCUACUUCCUGGACCUGGCAGCUAAGCUCGACCAGACGGCUGAGUUUGAGUGUGGUGUCAAGUGGGCCAUUGCUCGCUCCAACACCGCUCUCGGCCUCGCUCCAUCCGCACCGACAAGCGGAAAGGUCAACAUCGACGCCGGUCCACCGAUGGAGUUUCCUGCUCCCUUCGGUCGGGAGCUGAGCAAGGAGGAGGCCUACAUCGCCGAGAUGGACGCCAAGACCGGUGCUUCGCUGAAACUGACCAUCCUCAACGCUGAGGGCCGCGUGUGGACCCUUGUCGCCGGUGGCGGUGCUUCUGUUGUGUACGCCGACGCCAUCGCGUCUGCAGGCUUCGCGUCCGAACUCGCCAACUACGGCGAGUACUCUGGUGCGCCCACCGAGACGCAGACCUACCACUAUGCACGCACAGUGCUUGACCUCAUGCUGCGUGCACCGCAGCGACCAGAGGGCAAGGUGCUCUUCAUUGGCGGCGGUAUUGCCAACUUCACAAACGUGGCGUCGACGUUCAAGGGUGUCAUCCGGGCGCUGAGGGAAGUAGCACCCCUGCUGAACGAGCACAAGGUUCAGAUCUGGGUUCGUCGUGCUGGCCCCAACUACCAGGAAGGUCUGAGGAACAUCAAGAGUGUCGGUCAGGAACUUGGUUUGAACAUUCAUGUAUACGGCCCUGAUAUGCAUGUGUCUGGCAUUGUGCCUCUGGCUCUGAAUGGCAAGAAGACGGACAUUAAGGAGUUCAGCGGUUAAAUUGUGUCCGGGCUUUGCUCGAGCGAGCAAAACGAGAAGAAGAGCCAAAUGGCGAGAAGGCAAGCUCAAGAGUGACGAGUAGAGAGAAUCCACCGAUGUAACAUGUAUCUGAACCCUUUUGUCACGACCGGGUAGAGGAUGGCGGGGAUAAAGAAAAGGGGAAACCAUGAAAGACCCGAAGGCAAUCUGUCAUACGCAAAAACGUUUUUGAAAUGAUGACAAGGCGGGAAGGGGUUUCUUUUGAAUCUGUCGGAGAGAGAGGUUUGCAAUGCAUAUGUAUACAUAUAUGCAUAUCACACAUAUAUAUGUAUGUAUAAUAUGCCCACCCUUCUAUCUAAAGAAGCCCCCCUUUUUUUUGAGAAAAACAAAAGCGUCGACCUCUGGAAGCAUUCGUGUUUUUGCUUCUUCUACCGCUACAGAUAACAAAAGAAGGCAGGCGAACGCAUUCGCCCGUCCGUCGAGGUGGCGCCUUCUGCAGCCCGUUGUCGCCUGCCGGAAGCGAGAGAGACGACG